AUGUAUGAUAACAGCGAGGACAGCUCUCCUGAUCAAAGGUCAAACUCAUUAGCCAUGCAAAAACCACAGAGAAAGAAUCCUAUAGCAGAUGCAGCAGAUCUCGCAAAUCGAAUCCGUCUUCUUAAAUUUGAACAUAGCCGAGCUUUAAAAAGAAUUGAAGAAACCAAAGAUCGAAUCGCUGAAGUCAUAAAUUCCCGCACAAGAAAUGCCCAAGACAAGCAGAUUAGGGAACAGUGAAAGCAGCAGCAACUCAAACAGGAAGAGGAGCUCAGGGAGAAAAAUAGACAACUAAGGCAGUUAAAAGAAGACAAAAUGUAUCAAAUGCAAUAUGAAUUAUUCAAUGUAAAGCAAAGAGUAGGUAAUCGGAUGCGAAAUGCAAAAGAAUUCAUUAAACGGACAAUUCAGCAAAAAUCAUUAGAUACACGAAGAGAAAACAAGAAAAAGAGAGAAUCGAUUCUGCUUGGAAGUAAGCAAGCCAAUAUGAGAACGAAAUUUUUAGAAGAGCAUAAAACUCAGAAAGCAAAAAGCUUCUAUAGGGUUUCUCCGAGAUAGCCCUGUAAGGGUUGUGGACUCUGGACGGAAUCCGUUGGUUUGUGGAGCCAACAAGUGAUUUGGUCCGACUAGUAGACGCAUGAUCGUCAGCGUAAAAUUACAGAAUGGUUUUAAAAAAGAGACAUAAGGACUUAGAUGAUGUGAGAAGCAUCACCGUAAUUAAUAGAUAGAUAGAUAUAUUUGGUCCGACUAACGAACUGAGUUGGUCGGACCAACUGCCUUAGGGCUAUCUAGGGGAAAACACCAUAUGAGCAUAGGAUUGACUAUGAAGAUAAUCACAGAUUUGAUCUCGAAAAGCAUAUUCAGGAUUUGGAAACUCAGGAAAGAAUUUUGCUUGAAAGGGUGCAGAGAGCUCAGGAAAUACAAAGAGAGGCACUUGAAGAAUUUGAACAAUCAUAA